AGAUUGAUGCUAUUGGAAGCAGUAGGCUUGAAUAGAAAUGAAAACUACUUCUGCACCGUCCUUCGCAAUUUCCUCUGGAUGGAGCACAGGCCACGGGGAAGUAAAAAACGUGAAGUCAUGGGACGAAAUAAAGUAUGGUAGACAGCCUUUGAUACUGAAAAAAAACGUAAAUGGAAUCGAGAUCUAUCCCUGCGAUGGACCUUAUAUACGGAAAAGUGAGCAACUAAAGCCAGUAAGCCUGAAGGCGGCAACAGCAGAACGAACAGUUUUGUACCCAGUGAAAAAGAUGGUAUGCCAGCAGAAUUUGAAGUAUUCACCAGCAUUGGGUACAAAUCUAGAUAAGCGCCCUAGUAACGAUGAGCUUUUGGUCGAGAAACCGUUCAGGAUUAAGCAACAUACAACUCGUCCACUUACACUUGUUCGUCCCUUGGGCAAUGUGAUCAAUCUACAAGCUCCAGAUGGUAGCCGUGCUGGGACACCACUGCUUCAACACUCCCCUACAUCUUCAGAGCGAAGUUCAUCGUCAUCAGUUCCAACAUGUAGUAGUUGGGAUGGCAGUGAUCGGGACAUCGUUCCCAACCAAACCCUAAAUUCUACUCCUACGAGUUCAUAUCAAACUUCCGAUGAGUAUGCUACCGUCGGUCAGCCUAUGUGCGAGCGGAAUCCCACAGCCCAUAAUAAUGGUGGCGAAAUAACAGCCAGCGAACAAUUUGUAAUUCCCGCAGUCGGCGUUCAAAACUCCAGCACCGACGGCAGUUUCGACUCCCAACGUGAUUUUAUGGUGACCUACCAUGAUCUACUGGGUUCGCCUAUACGUUUACCCGAACACUUAUCACCGAGCACGGAACGUUAUCUACUGGACUUGGAUCAGCAAAACUUCGUAUCUCAAGGAGACAAUUGUGGACCAGAGACGUUACAGACAGCCUGUGAUUCUCAAGUCUCGGAUAUCGACUAUUCCCUCUUCGACGAGUUUUUCGUAAGGACAUAACUAGUCAUCAAUAUAUUGAAAUUAAAUGUGUAUCAAUGAUUUGCUUAUACAUCGGUUUUAAUCUCGUGUAACAUAUUUGAUAAUUGUUUUGGUGGAUAGAUGUAUACAUAUGUGAGUAUAAGGUUGUGCAAAACCCUGUUUUAGAUGCUAAUUCUGUACUCGUGUAGAUGCUCG